UCUGAUUCUCUCUCUGUCUCUCACAAUCUCACUCUCCUAGUCUUUCACGACUCACAGUCUCACUCAGAGCAAUGGCACUGGGUCGACUCUCCUCUUCGGAUGACAAGCCACUCUAGCGCCUCAUCAAUGGCGGAUCUGUCUAUUACAUGGCAUCAUUGCCGAAUGAAGCUGUGUACGAGAAGGAGAAAUCUCGUGUCUCAUGGCCAAAGCAAUUGAAUGAUCCACUUGAAGUUGUCGAUCCUGAGAUUGCCAACAUCAUUGAGCUCGAAAAAGCAAGACAAUGGAAGGGACUAGAACUUAUACCCUCAAAGAAUUUCACCUCUGUAUCUGUGAUGCAAGCAGUAAACGGGCAGACUAACAUGGCAACGGCAUGGCCCGACCCAACCCGAAUAAGUAAAUGGUCCGGCACAUCUUGACACGAUUGAAAAUGG